AUGGUGUCCUCGCACGAUGAUCGACCCGAAACAGAAGCCGGGGAAAACGAGAAACACGAAAAUGGAAACAUCGAAUUGAAAAAAGCCAGCAUUGACGGGGACAAUAACGAAGAAAUGACUGUUGAUGAAGAAGGAAAAGAAAAUGGAGAAGAAAAUGGCGAUGGAGAUGGAGAUGGAGAAGGAGAAGAAAAUGGCGAUGGAGAUAGAAAUGAAGAUGAAGAUGGAGAUGGAGAUGGAGAAGGAGAUGAAGAUGGAGAAGGAGAGGCGAGCACAUCAAAUGAUGACUUCAAACAAGAAGGAGCUGCGAGCGCAAAAGAGAACGAUUUGCAAAAAGGAAAUGGUGUCAAGAGGAAAGCCUCCGAUGACGACGAAGUGAUCGCUUUGGAUGAAGACGACAACGUGGAAGCGCCACCACAAGCAAAACAGGCGAAAACCGAUUUGAACGGAAAACAACAGGCUAGUCCGGUUCCUGAUGAUCCAACUACUCACAAGAGCGAAGAGUUGGUGAAUUCGAACAAGACGCAAGACAACGACGCCAAAGGCAAAAAAGAGCCAGAACUCACAAACAGUGAAGCCCUUUUGAACCGAAUUGAAGAAUAUGUUGGCGAGGCCAUUGAAGGUGGCAACAAUGUUCAACGUAAAGUCUUGGAUGCCUUGCUUGGUGCCAUAAACGUUCAAGUUUGUCCUAAUCUAUCAGCUUGUUCAAAUUUCUGUUUCCGUCAGGUUGUUGAUCUUGUCAUCGAACAUGAUCCCGAUUUUCCACUAUCGAAAGUAUUGACAAGGAUGUUUGGAGAAGAGCGACCUAAGCAUUCCGACACCGAGAAGAAAGAGAGGGCAUAUUUGAAGCAAAAUUACGCGGCGCCGCACAUGACUCGUUUGUUGACGGAAAUUGGUCAAGAGCUUGUUCAAGAAGCCACUUAUUGUGAUAUCGUCCAUGCGAAGAAUCUUCCAGAAGCCCCCAAAAACAUGGAAACUUACAAACAAGUGGCUAAUCAAUUGAAGCCUGUUUGGGAACAACUUCGGAAGAAAAAUGAGCCCUUUAAACAAAAAAUAAUAACUUGCCAGGCUUGCAAUUUCAAAACGGAAUCUCGAUUGGUUAUGACUUCUCACCGCUCUGAGUUGCACUAUGAUGGGAGAAAGUUUCAAUGUGGUUUCUGCGGAGAAAAUGAUACAAAUGAAAACCGCAUGAUGAAACAUUACUUGAAAAAUCACGAAGUUGUGGCAACAAAGCCAGAUCCUCCC